AUGUCAAACAGGCAGAAAGCGUCUAAUCCAACAGCUCCUAUCGCAUGGAUGAGUCAGGCAUAUGAAACAACUUCAUCAGCACCUUCCUCUCCUAACAGCUAUCAUGAACAAUCUCAGCCAGUCAAGCCAGUUGCUUCGCCUUCCUAUACGAGUAUGAAUCCAAGUACUACCAUGAAUUCAAUUGAAAGCUUUGAUCGUCCUGAAUCUCCUACUCUCCCGCCAGAGCAAGGCAUCCCGUCAAAUGGUAUCGAGCCAGCAGCAACAGCAGCACUGAAUUCCAUGCCCAACUCGCCUACACGAUAUGACUACAUUGACACAUCGAUGCCGCCACCACCUCCUCCCAACAUGCCUUAUCCACCUUCCUCGUCAGUGAGUCGAUUACGUCAAGAUAUGCCGCUUUCAACGGUACCAAGUAGACAGCGUUAUGAUUUAAACAGCAAUCAAAUUAUCCAUACAACAUCCAAUAAUACCAAUUCAACUAAUUCAACACCUAUCAGUACCAGUACGAACAAGAACACUAAUAACUAUAAUAUUAAUAAUCAGCAAAAUCAUCAUCACAACCACCAUCACCAUCACCAUCACCAUAAACCGGCCAAACGGCCUAUCCAUAUGUCAGAUCAAAUGGCAGCAGCGAUUGAAUUGAGCGUUGGUCCGAAUGUACCACCUGCCCCAGCUGCUGGCAUGUAUUGGUCACGUGCGUUAACCUACGGUAGAUGUCCUUCGCGACCUCUGCGAGCACAUUCGUCCAAUCUCAUAGGUGAAUACUUGUAUGUGUUUGGCGGAUGUGACAUGAAGACUUGCUUCAACACACUGUAUGUGCUUGAUAUGGAUACUUUGACUUGGUCAAAACCUCAUACAUUUGGAGAAACACCGCCACCAUGUAGAGCACAUUCAUGCACAACAGUAGAGCGCGAUAUUGGGGGAGGCAAAAAGUCGUACAGUUUGUAUGUAUUUGGCGGAGGCGAUGGACCCAACUAUUUCAACGAUCUCUAUGUAUUGAAUGUGGACACAUUGACAUGGUCAAAGCCAAAGACAGAGGGCGAAGCACCAUCUCCAAGACGAGCUCAUACAACAUGCAUAUGGAAUCAGAAAAUCAUCAUUGUAGGCGGUGGCGAUGGUGCGCGUGCGCUGGCGGACGUGCAUAUGCUGGAUGUCUCUGAUCCACAUUUACCCAAAUGGUCGCUACUUAAUCCAGAAGGGAAUCCACCUAUCGCACGAGGAUAUCACACAAGCAACCUGGUCAAGGACAAACUGAUAGUCUAUGGCGGCAGUGAUGGCCACGAGUGCUUUAGCGAUGUUUAUGUGUUGGAUCUCGUGUUUAACCGUUGGAGUCAAAUUGAUCUGGAUCGUGCAGUACCUAGAUUAGCCCAUUCCGCAACGCAAGUUGGAUCUUAUGUCUUUGUCAUUGGCGGCCAUGAUGGCAGUAGGUACUCCAGUGAUGUGCUACUAUUGAAUCUAGUGACCAUGAGCUGGGAGACGAGAAAGAUCUAUGGAGGAGCACCCAGCCCUAGAGGAUACCAUACCUGUGUGCUGCAUGACUCUAGGCUGUAUAUUUUGGGUGGCUAUGACGGCAGAAAUGUAUUUGAUGAUGUGUACAUGUUGGAACUGAGUGCUUGUGCCUACUUGCCACAGAUCACCAACUUUGAAAUUGAUGUGUAG